AUUAAAGGAGGCCAAGUUCCGGGUAUGAUUGUAUGAAUUAACAAGCUCUUAACUUUUGCUGCUCUUAGACGUCCAGCUAUCUUUGCCUAUUGACACUAAUGCCCCCCUCUACUCACUCUCAUCCUCCCCCGCCCCCGCCACCACCUCCUCGGCUGCCUCCUUAUCAGCCUCGUGGUGGAGCAAAGGCUCCUGUUGCACGCAAAUCGUCUCCACCGCCGCGAGGAAGCUUCGGCAUUGGCAUUGAAAUGGAGCUUCUUUUACAGAGCCGUGUUAAACCAUCUGCGACUGACAAUACAUUUCCACGCUUUGCUCGAAAUUGUGCCACAAUCUACAAUAGCGAGACUCCCAGCAUAUACCCAAGGAUGCAUAGCCUAGUUCAGGCACAGUGGGUAGAAAUCCCUCAUACCCAAUGGGUUUUGCAUCAUGAUCCUACAUGUGAGACCCGGACAGAGCCCUGGGGCAUCGAAAUCAUAUCUCCUGGCAAUGCGGACUGCAGUACACACGUACAUAUAUCACGAGUGGAGGGCUUCUCAACCAGUGAUGUCAAGGGCAUUGCACAAGCCAUUAUUCAUUUUCAGCCUGCCUUCGAAGCUGUUGUUCCGCCGGCACGGCGAGGCAAUGAGUACUCAAGGAGUAACUGGUUGGACAAUCCCAGAUUCGGAUAUCUGAACCUGUCACGGGAACAGUCCAUUGCCCUCCUGGAAAGCAAGACUACGACCGACGAAAUAAUUGACAUCAUGAAUCCUAACCAGUCCAAAUACUUUGGCUGGAAUUUCUUGUCACUAAAAACCUUCAAAACAAUCGAGUUUCGGCGUGGCUCUGCCAGUCUUUCAUCGGAUGAUGCAUUCAUGUGGGUGGAGCUGACACUGUCUUUCAUGCAGGCCGCUAUGACACACCCUUCAUUGCAGCAUUUGCGACGGUACCCUGGAACGAUUGGAGGCCUCAAGGACUUCAUUCAGCAUGCACGUCUUCCUCAACAAAAAGGGGCGCAUAACCCUGCCCAUCUCCAGCGCCUAUUUCAUAACAAAGAUCUGAACUCUAGGCUGGACCCGACCUGUGUCGGCCAUCUGUCUGAUGAGAAACAGGCGAAGUUGCAGCGAAAGAUAAAUUCUGACGCUGCGAGUAAUCCUAUGUUGGACAUCAUUUCGUCAGCACAGCAAUACGGCGUUGCCUGA